GUCUUGGUUAUGGAUCCCAGUGUAAGUCCAUUGGAAAAAGCAGCUGCAGCAAUCUAGUAGUCACCAGCAGUCCCAUGACAGUUCAGCAGCUGGGACCUGUUUCGCCUCCUACUAGUCGAGUUUCAACAGCAUGCAACCAGAUCAGCCCUCAAUUACAGAGGUCUAUGGAUGUUUCCAGCCUGAGUAUUCCUCCAUCAGAUACAAGGUCACUGUUGUCACACAAGUCUCUGGACUCUACAACAUCAAGCUUGUCAGAAAGUCAGUUGACUUUGACUGUUAAGCAAGAGUGGUCACAUGGGUAUGGGAUACUUCAUUCUCUUCCACUUGAUCAAGGUUUACAAAAUGGCAGUGUGCUGGGGGACUUCCUAAAUUUUCAAUCUACACCACCUGUGUCCAGUAACUGCAUGUCUAGCUCAUUACCAUCCUAUCUACUUGGCAUGGAAAAUAGCCACUCUCCUAAUCUUAGUGCUUGUCAUUCCUUCUCCCAGUCUCAAUCUGCCCGCUCCAAAAAGAAAGCACUCUCUCUAUCUCCUCUGUCUGAUGGCAUUGGGAUUGACUUCAAUACAAUCAUUCGUACAUCCCCUACUUCUUUAGUGGCCUAUAUCAACAGCUCCAGGACUUCAGCAGCUAAUGUUUCCCCACAGCCUGAGGUCUAUGGGCAUUUUCUGGGAGUGAGAGGCAGCUAUAUACCCCAAAACUGCUCUGUCCCAGCUUACCAGAAAGGCCUUCUCAUGGCUAAUUGCAACAUUGCCUUCCCAGAGUUUGUUGAGAAUGGAGUUGGUGAGUACCAGCGAAUGCAGCAGCUGGAGCAAGUCAGCCUGCAGACAGACAUGAUGACUAACAUGGUGAUCCAACAGGGCAUGUUUCCCAUGGACAGCCAAGCAGUGGAUGCCCUGAAAAAUGAACAAUUGGAUGACUUCUCAGGUCACACUAUUGAUAUGCCUCCUCCACCCCCACUGCUGCCACCUACUCCACAAGGGCCACCCCCACCAUACCAUGCUCACCAGCACCAGCUUCCUCAAAGCCUCCCUGGUCAUGUGUACCGUCUGCCUGUGCCUCCUUCUGCUCCAGACCCACAGCUCGAAGAAGAUGGAGACCUGAAUGAUUUUAAUGGCAAACAUGGCUGUCGUUGGAUUGAUUGCAACAUGCUUUAUGAUCAGCAAGAAGAACUUGUGCAACACAUUGAGAAGAUUCAUAUAGACCAGAGGAAGGGAGAAAACUUCACGUGCUUCUGGGCAGGCUGUCCAAGAAGGCUCAAGCCAUUCAAUGCAAGGUAUAAACUGCUGAUUCACAUGAGAGUUCACUCAGGAGAGAAGCCGAACAAAUGCACAGUAAGUCUGAAUUCUGCCUCUCUUACCCUUAAAAGACUAUUACUUACAAGAACACUCAGAAGUUGUAUUUCUGCUUCUUGUAGGUAAUGCUAAUAUGGGUUUUUUUUAGGUAGUCUGCAUGAAUAAAGGUCUGCUCCAUCUUUCCAUCUAGAAAGGGAAGGUGUUCUUUAAAUUGAUGUGUAGUGACAGAUAAUGUUUGACAAUUUAUUUAUUUUUUUUCUUAAUUUAAAAACUUUAUGAACUGCAGAAAUAAGAUGGUAAACUUCAAAAAUUGAAGCUUAAUUAUUGUCAGUCUCUGGAACUGUGUGGAUCACACACACACACAGGAAAAAAG